AUGUCCAACCCAAGACUGCAAGUCGACCCCGAGCUUUACCCGAUCCCCUCUACCAGACACUCUCCCAACUCCCCCUUUCCCGUGAUCACAUCUGAAUGGGUCCACGGAGGUCACUGGAAAAUCGGUGGCGAGAAGGUCGCCGCGACACCUCAUUAUCACGGCACGACCCACGAAGCCUACACCGUUCUCCGGGGAAGUGGAACCUAUCUUCUCGGCCGGUCUACGUUGGACCCUGAGACAGAUUGGAACGGGAACCCCGUGGGCAUGAAGUUUGUCGCUAGAGCAGGAGAUGUCUUUGUCUUUCCGGCUGGAGUCACGCACUACGUGACUGAAACGGAGGAUGAGUAUGAAAUUAUCGGGUUCUAUUCCUUGAACGACCGAAAUUCGAGAGAGAAUCCGUAUGAUAUGGAAUAUGCCUUAGAAUCGGUCGAAGAAACGGAGAAAAAGCGGGUGUUGUGCAGGCAAGUGCCGGUUCCACUCCACGAUCCGAUCUACGGUACGGAAGGGAUUCCGAGGAUCUGGCGAGAGGAGUGA